AUGGUUCGAGACUGGCCGCGAGACUCGUUCUCACGCCAUCAGUCGUUCCCGCAGCAACAGUGCUAUACUCCCGCCGGCCGCCAUCCAUCGUUUCAUCAUGAUCGAUACGGCCAGGACGCGCUUCCCCGGCACGACUCCUUUCCGCCGGAUCGGUACCCCGUCGAGGGAAACGAAGGCGGUCGCUUCCCGGACCCCUACGAUCUGCAUCGCAGGGCGCCGCCGAUGGCUGACGAGACCCGCAUCCGCGAGCAGCAAAUCGACGAGGCUUUGCGAUCGCACUGCGGCAUCGCCGCCAAGCAGUACUUCGUCGCCGCCGUCACCGAGGACGGACUGCCCAUGACCUUCUUCAGCCCGGGUCAGAAGCUGCACGAUAAUGCCAUCCGCCAAUUUUUCGACGCGACCAAGUUCCAGCAGGUGAUGCGCAAGAUUGAAUCAGGUGCCGACCCCAUGCUGGACGACGGCUUUGGCUUCGAAGAUCCCGUCUACACCCGGUCGGGAUCCCUCGGCCGAGUUCGAGCUGCCGACCGCCGACGGGGCACCGUCUUCGAUGACUGGGGCAGUCCCGCGCGGCAGACGAGAAAGCGGCCCAGGGCUCGCCACGCGGCCAAUGACGAGGAUGACGUUCCCAUGACGGUGGCCUCGCGGAGAGGCAUCAAGGUCGGCGACGGCGACGCGGUCUGGGCCUUUUACGAGCAGCGCUUCAAGAAUUGCCAGCAAACAGCCUGCAAGCUGAUCGCCAAGGCCUGGGUCAAGGCCGUCGAGCCCAAGAAGCAGUCCACUCACCCCUACACGGGAAGCGAUGAAAAGGCACCAGAGUGGUGGCCGAAGCCAUGGGGUCCGACCAAGGAUGACAAGGUCAGGCACAAGGAGCCUGACCACCUGUACAAGCGAGGCAAGUCCUCGGCCGCUCGCUCCGCUUUCGUCCCCUGUCUGCUAAUGCCCUCGCCAGAACGUGUCCACCUCCUCGCUCACAUCCUGAGGCUCGUCGUGGAGCCGAAUGGCAAGCAGCAUCCCGACAUCCAGAAGCUGGGCCUCAACGUCAAGAAGCUCGAGGAGACGACCAACGAGGCCCUGUCGGCCUUCUUCAUGGACAAUGAAUCGAACGCGAAGAAGCGACCGUACCUGAAUGAGAUUUUCAAAAUGGCCCGCCAGGAGGAGCGUUUCAAGAAUGAAGAAAUCGCGCAAGAUGACUCGACCGAGGUGUACGUCAUGGCCGAGGACAAGAUGCCCGAGAGUUACGCCUCCGACAACGAUGAUGGCUCGUUCCACAUCAAGGAGGAGGACGACCACGACGUGCAGCGGACCAAACCCAGCGCCGCCCACUCCAUGACGCAACCCUCGGCGACGGCUGCCGUCAACGGUCACGGCUUGCACGGCGGCCCUCCCCCUUUCAUGGGCGACCUACCCGUCCGGGGCCCGCCGUUCCACCCCCCGAUGAUACAUACCGACCUCGGACCCCAGCAGCAUUCGUUUGUGGAGAACGGCGGCAUUCCGGUCAACGACCAGGGAGCCGUGAACUCGGCGGGGGGCUCCCUCACCAUCGACCUGGUCGCAAGCCCGCACGACAGCAGCAGGCGGCCAUCCGUCUUCAGCGAGUACGCCAGCCCCGGGGGCGGCAACCUGUAUUCUCAGCAGUGGCAGCAAGGAUCGACGGGCUCGACCGCAUCGCCCAUGUACGCCUACGCGGCCCAGCAGACGACCCCCCAGCAACCUGCAUUCGUCAACCAGACGGUGCAGAUGAGCGCCGGACAGCCGUUCAUCGGCGGGUCCUUUGACGGCUCCUCGCGCCCGGAAUAUGCCGGCAACGGAAACGCCAUGUUUCGGGCCGCCGACCUGCAAACGACGCCAGUCAACCAGCAACCGGGGUACUACGUGCCCGGCGAUGGCCGCGGGGACCUGCGAGUCAUGAGUCAAGUCGUCGACGGCGUUCCCAGGAGCUCGGUCUAG